UCACCAUCGUCAUCAUCAAUUGACGCAGUCCCAUUUACCAAUUUCUCAUAGUAUUUUAAACCGCCUCUGCUCUCUCUUCCACCAUAUCCAAUUACAUACUCCUUUAAUUUUAUGGAUAUGGCCAUGCCUAUGGAGAUUGGCCUCCUUUCCAGCUACGGCUUUACUGCAAUUUUUUGCAUAGCAAUCGUACUACUCUACACGACUUUGACUAAACACAGGGAGAAGAAUCUUCCGCCGGAAGCCGCCGGAGGCCGGCCAUUAAUCGGCCACCUGAGCCUACUUUCCGGCCCGGAACUGCCCCACGCAGUCCUCUCCGACAUGGCCGACAAAUACGGCGCCGUUUUCACCAUCCGGCUCGGCGCAAAGCGCGGCCUAAUAAUCAGCUCCUGGGAAGCCGCCAAGGAAUGCUUAACCACAAACGACGUCGUCUUCGGCAACCGCCCCAAAACCUCUGCUAUUCAGCACAUGAGCUACAACUUCGCCAUGUUCGGAUUCAGCGGCUACGGCGCCUACUGGCGAGAGCUGCGCAAAAUCUCCGUGCUGAACCUGCUGUCCAAUCACAAGGUUGCGCAGCUGGGGAACGAUCUGUUGGAGCACGAGCUCAAAUCGAUGAUGAGAUCUCUGAAUUCCGAGGGGAAAGCGGAGAUGAAGAAAUAUUUUGGGGAUUUGACUCUGAAUUUGAUGGCGAGGAUCGUCGCGGGGGAUGUGGGGAGCGAUAAGGAGGUCGUGGAAGGAGACAAGUGGCGGAAGGCGAUCAAGGAAUUCUUCAGGAUGAUGGACGUUCUCACCAUGGCCGACGUGCUUCCGUUCCUGAAGUGGUUUGAGAAUACGAAGGAAUUUGAACGGACUGGGGGAGAGCUUGAUGGCGUGCUUCAGGCGUGGUUGGAUGAGCACAAGAAGCGGAACCGCCUGGAAGAAUCUGGAAGCUUCAUGGGAGAGAUGAUCGGUUCGGCGGAGAAGGUUGCACGUGCCUUUGAAGGCUAUGAUGCUGAUACAAUAAAUAAAGCAACUUGCCAGGUACUCAUGCUAGGAGGAACAUAUACAAUCUCGGCGACACUCACAUGGACUCUAUGCUUGCUACUCAACAACCGCGACGUCCUCACAAAGGCUCUAGAAGAACUCGACACACAUGUGGGCCGGGCCAGGCGAGUACAAUCAUCAGACCUAUCUAAUCUAGUCUACAUUCGGGCCAUCAUCAAAGAAACUUUGCGACUAUACCCACCGGCCCCCAUAUUGCCCCCUCGGGAGUCCGUGGCCAAUUGCACAGUCGCAGGCUACCACAUCCCGGCAGGCACACGCCUGAUGAUCAACGCGUGGAAACUCCAUCGGGAUCCUAGAAUUUGGUCCGAUCCACUAAAAUUCGAGCCCGAAAGAUUUCUCACCGACCACAAAGAGAUUGAUUUUAAAGGCGGUGUUAAUUUUGAAUUGGUUCCGUUCGGGGGCGGGCGGAGGGUUUGCCCCGGGAUUUCUUUCUCCCUUCAGGUGGUGGAGCUAACGAUCGCUAGUUUGUUGCAAGGGUUUGAUAUCGAGACGUUGUCUGAUGAAUGUGUCGAUAUGAGGGGGAGCUUCGGUUCGACGAACAUGAAAGCUACUCCUCUUGAGGUUGUGCUCAAGCCAAGAUUGCCUACUACACUUUAUGGAUGAUCCUUUAAUUUGCUUAGAAAAAUGAAGAAGGAAAAUGUACAAUGGAAAAUCUUUAGAAGUUUUUGUUGUUGUGUGUGGUUAAAUAUUCAUUUGAAUUGUGUUUGAAAUAUAGACAUGUUUUAAGUG